GUUAAAAUACAUUUAUAAGUUAAUGAAUAAGCGUAUAUAAAAUUACCAAAAAAGCGUAUAUAAAAUGUCAGAAAAUCUAGAAGUUGUAGAAAGUACUAAUGAAGAAGUUAAAGUAAAUGCUAAUGAAAAGUUGCGUUUGCAAUGCAUUGAGGGAAAAAAAGAAAUUAGGAGACUCGCUAAAGUCAUUGAAGAUUUACAAAACCAAUUAACUGUUACUCAGAACCGUCUCUGUUACUCAGAUGAAAAACUUUUGAGAGUGGUUUCAGCAGGUGAGGUUUUGCAAAACAGUAAAGGCGAAGAAUACGUCAUAGUCACGAAAAAUUAUUUUGAAGAGAUAGAAAGCGAACGCAAAAAAAUUCAACAAAACAUAUAUGAAACAUCAGAAAGCAAUUUAAACAAAAGAGAAAUGAUAGAAAUGCGACGACAAGAAACCGAUGAACGUAUGCAGCAACUAAACGAAAAAGAUGAACGAAGAUUACAAAUAGAAAAACAACAACAUCAGUUAAAGGAUAUGCUGAAAGAAGUCCGACAGCUUCUGGAACAAACUGAGUGUGCACUAAAAGAAGAAAUGUCGGCGAUGAAAGAUGAAAAAAAAGAACUAAAAAAGCUCUUGCAAGAAAAAGUAAACCAAGCAAAAUUUCAUGAAGAAAAUGGAGAUGAAAUAAAAGCAAAAAUCAACGAAAAAAACAAAGAAAUUGAAGAUUUAAAAGAAAAUUUAAUUGAAAACGCACGCCUUGUUGACCUAAAACAAAAUGCAAUCAAUGCUUCAAACAAAGAAUCAAAUGUUUUGAGGCUAAAAAUAAAAGACAUAGAAAUUGAGAUAGAAGAAAAACAACGUGAAAUUCAAGAACACAAAGACUGGUUGGAACAACUGAAAUUUCGGGAGAUUGCAACAUACAAGGAGAAAGACGAACAACUAGAAAAACAAAAAAAGAAAAUCGAAGAAAAAAAUUUGAAACUUGCAGAACAAAAAGAAAUCCACUCAAAGCUAGACAAAGAACUCAAAAACAUCAGAAGAAGAUCAUUAAAUUGGAAAUAAUUUUUUUAUUUAUUUAUCUAACCAAUUUUUUAAUUUGAA